GCCUGGCACCUCCAGACAGCAGGUUAUCUGGUCUGCUGUUUGGCUCACGCGACGUUCUGGGAGUUGAAGUCCACACAUCUUAAAGCUGCCAAGGUUGAGAAUCACUGCUCUGGUGAGUCAGUAGCCAUGCAUUCCCUUCUGUAAAAUAGGCAUAACAGUUUCCAAAAUGAUCCAGGACGCCUUAAGCAACUGGGGAGGUGAUUAAUUAACAGGCUGUCAUUCGGAUGCAGAAAUGCCUCCACUUUGCCAACCCCGCAAGGCAUGGGAGGACUGCAGGAGUGACGGAGAAGUUACCAGAAGUUGCUCUAAUCCCAGCCAGGGGCGUGGAGGUUCUGGAAUUGAAGUUUGCCACUGCACUUCCAAGGAGAGCAGGGUUGUUUUUCAACUUUCAGACAGCCCUGGGGUUUUCUUGUGGUCUCCCAUCCCAGGGCUAUCCAAAUGGGGCCCCCCUUAGCCUUUCUAGUUCAGGCAAGGUUGGGCAGGAAUUCCCAAUGGCCAAGUCCUGGUUUUAAUAUUAGCUUGCUUGGGUUUUUCCUGACUCAUUUUGCAUAAGGCAGCUUACUGAGAUGGUAGGAAGAGAGCCGUUUUAGUCUGUGCUGGGAAAAAAUCAGGCGCCCGGUAGCACCUUUCCGGGCUAACAGACUUUACUAAAAUUUUGGAAGUUUAUGCCCUGAAUAAAAUGGGUUAGUUGGAGAAGCUGCUACCAGACCCCUCCUGAUUUUUUGGGUGCGUUGGGAGCUCAGAAGAAUCUGUAUUCUCCAACUGGCAAAUCCUGGAGCCCAUCCAGAACCUGUUUGGGAAUUCAUCAACACAACCCGUGGUUUGCAUGCAAAAGAAUCACACAUCCCACGCUUUCCCCAUUUUUUGUUUUUGUUUUAAAAAGGCUCAGCCGUCGGGUUAGGGCCAAAACCUUUCCCUGCUCCACCGGCCAGUGGAAGGCGGUGCCGUUUGGAGGGGACGCGCUUCCCUGUCACCUUCCGAUCACGUUCGGCACCGGCAGAUCAGAAGCGUCUCUCGCUCCAGCCAGCUCCUCUCCGUGACGUCAGCCAGGUAGCCUCACCUGGUUCUCUCACCGCCGAGCUGAGUUUCGCUCCCCGUCAGCUGAUGCCGCCUCCUCUCCCAGCCAGGUGACCUCUCCUAUCACCUGGCAGGGAUGCUGGGAGGACUGAAACCAAGAGCGGCAGUCGCACCCGGGGAAUCGGACAGGAGAAGCUGAGCCCCGAGAACGUCUUCCCUGGAGAGAAGCUGGUGGUGACCUUCACGACGACCCUCCCUUGAAGACGUCCUCUGUGUCCCUCCGGUUUGUGCUCCUAGAGAAGCAGCCUCCGCCAUGUCGACCUUGUACCCGUCGCUGGAAGAUAUGAAGGUGCAUGGGAUGCUGACAGCCCAGGCCAAUGCUGUAGGCCCACGCCCAAGGGCCCCGGCCCCAGCCCCUAUGGAGAAAGAGAUGCCUGAGCAACCCAAGGCAGAUGCUCCAGCGGUUUUGUACCCAAAUCUCGCUGAUCUCAAUGAUUAUAUGGGCCUCUCUCUUUCCAGCGAGGAGAUCCAGAAGAACCUGGGUCUUGUCCCGACAGGCAAUACUGCCGUGGCUCCAUCUUCCUCCGCUCCAGGCCUGUGGGUGGCUCCCGUGACAGGAAGUGAUGUGGGGAUACGUCGAGCAGAGAUCAAACCAGGCUUGCGCGAGAUCCAUCUAUGCAAGGAUGAGUGUGGGAAGAUAGGACUGAAGCUGAGAAACAUUGAUAAGGGGCUGUUUGUGCAGCUGGUCAAAGCCAACUCCCCGGCAGCUCUGGUGGGGCUGCGCUUUGGCGAUCAGGUCCUCCAGAUCAACGGGAAGUCCUGCGCUGGGUGGAACAUGGACAAGGCUAAGCGGGCGCUGAAGAAGUCCUCGCCGGAGAAGAUUGUGAUGGUGGUUCGUGACAGGCCUUUCCAGCGAACGGUGACCAUGCACAAAGACAGCACCGGCCACGUGGGGUUCGUCAUGAAGAAGGGGCGGAUCACCUCGCUGGUCAGAGGCAGCUCUGCCGCCCAGAACGGGCUCCUCAUCAACCACUACGUCUGCGAAGUGAACGGGCAGAAUGUCAUUGGCCUGAAGGACAAGGAGGUCACGAACAUCCUCGUGAACGCUGGCCAGAUCAUCACCCUCACCAUCGUCCCUGCUGUGAUCUACGAGCACAUGAUUAAAAAGCUUUCAAGUGGACUAGUGAAGUCUUCCAUGGAUCAUUCGGUCCCUGAUAUAUAAAGAUUUUUCACGCCCUGCACCUUUCUUCUGGCAUGAGAUGCGCUAUGGACAGCCCUGGAAUUACCUGGAAUUAUUCUUGCCCUUCUGGUCCUCUGAAGCUCUUCAGAAAAGGAUUAAAUGGACAAAUCCAUUCCUUCAAUAUUUUUUGGGGAGGGGGGUCCUCAAGAACGCUGAAUUUCCAGAUACCCACGGAGAGGCAAGGUGGACCUGCAUUCGAAUUUUAUAGGCCUACACAAUUAUCUUUCCAUUAACCUGUGGACAAGUUUUUAAAUCUUGUGGCUGUGGCUCCUGGAGAAAGAGGCGAAGCAGCCGAUUCUCAUCUCUACAGCCCAGAUAGGAUUUCAAGAAAGCUCCAUUCCUUCCGUGGCUGCUGCUGGAAGAGCCCAAGGUGGCCUUAGCCACGCGUGUAUUUUUUAAAUAAACCCACAGACACCCAGCCCUUAAUUGAUGAAACAUUUAUAACACGUACACAGUUCGUUAUGGUUGGAAAGUGCCCCCCCCUUCCUUAGUGGCAUUUCAAGACCUGCUGGAGGGCAAGGUGGGAGGGGGACGGACAACCUGAGGAAGCUAAACAGCUCCGGGCUGGAUCGGUGCCUGGAUGGGAACUGUCCAAGUCCAGCUUUCUUUUACACUUCAGUAAUUGUCUAGCCAUCAACCGGUCAACCGCAGUUGUGGCACAUUUUGUUCCGCGCAUCAGGAGUAAGAGGGAUGGAGGUCCUGGGCCCUCUGCUGGGUUCAGCUGCCCUGAUUGAUGAGCUGGGGGGGCGGGUAGGGAGACAAACUGAGCCCCCCUUCUUGGUUUGGAGAAGGUAUCCCCCUUUUGUGUCCCUAUGAAAGCAGAGACCUCCGGUGACCCAAACAAUAUGUUUUAUUACAGCCACCAAACAGACAAAGGUUACAGGACAAUGGAAAUUAAAAUCCAAGGAAGAGUAUACAGCUUUUCAGUUCUGUAUUUAAAAAUA